AUGCCAUAUGGUUUCCUCAACUAUAUUCAGAGAUCAUUAGAAACAGACUUCAAAACUGUUGUCGAAAUCAGUCCAGUUAUCUGGUUUGUAACCGUGCUAUUCCUCUUGACCAACUCAAAUGGACUACAUUCUUACCUCUGGUUACCAUUCAUUCCUCUGAUUGUGGUUCUAAUAGUUGGAACAAAGCUUCAAGUCAUUAUAACCAAAUUGGGUCUAAGAAUCCUAGAGAAAGGUGAUGUUGUGAGAGGCUGCCCUCUGGUUCAGCCUGGUGAUGAUCUCUUCUGGUUUGACAACCCUGGCGUCAUGCUUUUCCUUAUCCAAUUGGUUCUUUUCACGAAUGCAUUUCAACUUGCUUUCUUUGCAUGGAGUUCGUAUGAAUUCGGUUUCAGUAAUUGUUUCCACAAAAGACCUCAAGAUAUAGCCAUAAGAAUUUUUGUUGGACUUGUUGUACAGAUACUUUGCAGCUAUGUAACUCUUCCACUCUAUGCUCUUGUAAUUCAGAUGGGUACUAGGAUGAAGCCAACGGUAUUCAACCAAAGAGUAGCCAAGAUGCUAAAGAAGUGGCAUCACACAGCACAUAAAGAGACACAACAACAGGGAAGACACUCUGAAUCAAACACACCAACUCAUGGCUCAUCUCUGAUCCAUCUCCUUCACAAUUCCAACAACCACCACCAGUUUUAUGAUCCCGAGUCUCAACACCAAGUAGCUGAAUCUUCCACACAUCGUUCUGCUGAACAUGAAAGUGCAUCCAUUGAACUUUCUCCUAUACGACCAGCAAAAGCUUAA